AUGCUGGCAGUUGUGGAAUCUAGUUCGGAAAUAACAGGUAAUUCGAAACUUUAAUAAUUAUUCUUUUUACAUAUAUUUCUUCAAGGGUGGGUUGACUACAAAAUUUUUGUAGUUCGCUAUAACUACAGCUACUUCAAAAAUAUGUAGUCAGCUACAACUACUGCUACUUUUGAACAAAGGUAGUUCGCUACUGACUACAGCUACUGUUUAAAAAAUGUAGCGAACUAUUUCGCUAUUUCGCUACUCUAUAUAUUUUAGUUUUACGGUAUUUGGAGCAUCCACUAGCUCAGGCUGUAAUAUAACCUAUAGCAAAUCGACUUACGAGUAGCAACAGUAAACAAAAAGGGUCAAAGCAUCAUUUUUGUAAGCACUACAGUGUUCAGGAGUGCCACUUUUCAUUGCGCUAAAAUAAUCUUUAGGCCUACUGUAUAAAAUAAUCUUUACCGUGUCUUAAUAUCAUUCUAUUCUAUGAACGGUUGCUAACAAUUUUAAAAAGUAGCGAAUAACGAUUCGCUGUUUGAAAAGUAGUCAACUAUUCUGCUACUUUUAGGCAAAAUGUAGUUCGCUAUAACUACAACUGCUGUUCAGUUUAAAAAAGUAGUCAAAAACUACUAGUGGCUACUUGAAAAUUGUAGUUCGCUACAGCAGCGAACUACAACCACUUCGCUACCCCACCUUGUAUUUCUUGCAUGGUAUUAUAAUACUUGAAACAAUUCGAACCAAUGAAAUGAAUAGAUAAAUCUAUAGUUUAAUUUGGUUUGGUUAUUGUAUGCAGUCGCUUGUAUCUAUAGAAGAAAACAAAGAAAUAUAGUUUACUCAAACCUAUAGCUACCAAUGCCCGAUUCUUUUGUUUUAGAACCGCAAAGAGAAGUGAUCUCAAUAUACAAAGAUGACUUUACCACCCCGCCAUCCAGACCUCAAUAUUUCAUCGAAGUUUAUCGCUGUGUUAAACUUGAAGUUGGCGAAUGCUCUAGCAGUGGACCGUCUACGUACCCGGUUCCAAAAACAACGAACGAAAUUGAGAUAGUGGUUCCGGAUAUAACAAACAAAGAUAGCGAUUCUAGCGAUAAAAAGAAGUUUUAUAAAUAUGUGGUCCAUAAUCACACGUCUUGUCAAUGUGGAAACUUAAAGUACAGGAAUGGUAGACUGUAUAAAACCAUAGCUAUAUAUAAUAACGAAGGUUAGUCCAGCUUACACUGAACAAAUAGAGCAUUUGCACAUGACGUCACAGCCGCCAUGUUGGUGUUCCAAUAGACAACUUGCAUGUUAGACUAAUUUUUGAUCUAGGCAAAAAAGUGUUAAUUCCCGUAAAGAACUUAUUAAAAUUAGUAAAAUUGCAAAAUUUGGUUGUGAAUUGUUGUAAAUACGGAAAAUAUAGCCUUGCGAAGUUUGCAUAUUUUGUAUAUGUUUGUAUUACGUGCGGAAAUUGUUACCAUUUUUGAGCCGAAAAUAGUAACAUUUUCCGCACCUAAUACAAACAUAUACAAAAGUUGCAAACUUUGCAAGACUAUAUUUUCCAAGCAUUACAACAUUUUGCAACCAAAUUUUGCAAUUUUACUAAUUUUAUUAUUUUUAUUGUUAAUUUUAUUAUGUUCUUUUUAGCUUGUGGUGUUCGAUUCCCUUCUCUUUACAAUUAGAUUAAGAUUUAGUCUAACAUGCAAGUUGUCUAUUCAAAAGAAUUUUAAUUAGAUUCUUUUGUCUGGAACACCAACAUGGCCGCCAUGGCUUUUGUUUAGUUGGUCCCUGGGGAAUGAGUGCAAACGUUCUAAAACCGUGCAAUUACCUAAAAUGAACAUGUUUUGUGAUUAACUUUCUUUCAUUCCGUUUAGAAAAUUUGUUUUGUAGCUUUUUUGUUGCCCAAAAAACUCCAAAACUAUUGAAAUGACGUAAAAUAUUGACAGGGUGCAUAUAUUAUCUUCGUAAAGCGCAGGAUUUUCUGCUCUUGGGAAUUUAAAGCAGCUUUUAAUUCUUGAACAGUUUCUUUAUGCAUAAAAUUUAUUUAUGUCAAGAUUUUAUGCACGUGUGGGUUCAGCAGAGUGCAUGCUGAGGCAUUCAAAUUCUAACAAUACGAUAUUUCAAUUGUUUUUUUGGGACACUCUGUAUAAGUUGCCAAUACAACCAGGGGAACAAGGGAGCUCUCCCCUCAUCUCUGAGUUAAAUCUGCCAUGGUGGAAAACAGGUUGUGCUUGGUUCUUUCCUGUACACGGAGUGAUUUUCUCCGUGAUUUCUGCCCCGGGUUUUCCUCUCCCAUAAAAAAAAGUAACCAUUCCACCUUAGCUGCACUCCAUUGCGAAAACCCGAGGCGCAGUGGUCAGCCUUCGACCCAGUGACGCUUCACGUAAUUCAGGUCUCAGCUGCAAGGAAAGGUGAUUUUUACACCGUAACUUUAAUCUGUAUGAAUUUUUCUUGCAGUGUCAGCAGCUUAUUUCAAAGCGAAGUUUUCAAAAAAUCCAGUCAAUCUGAUACGUGUGUGUAACGUACGUUUGCAACAGUACUCAACCAAGAUAUAAACUCCAUCCAAACCAUAUCAACGUUGUCUUACCAUAUAAAUAUCUGGCGUACCAACAGUGCUUGCCUGGCUGCGUAGUGGUAAAAAACGAAACGCCUAACAAGCAAACUGACAUGCUAUCUGGUAGUUCCAAAAAUGUCCUGCUAACAAAUGAUAUUUCAUGCAAGUCUUACGACGGAGCUAAAACACAACAACAAGGUCAAAAUCAUCCUCAGAAGCUCAAAAGAUCAUCCUCAGAACCUCCAGUUGGAAACUCGUGUGAUCAAGGUAAGAAAUCAAAGGUCUGGUUUCUACUAGACAUAAAUUAUCCAUCCCGAUAAUUUUCGGAAAAGAGAAGAUAGUUCGUCUGAAAAUUUAUAUCCGACAAACACAAUAUUAUAUGGCGUAUUAGAGAGGGAGCAUAAUAGAGUGGGUUUAUUAGAGAGAGAAGCGUAUUAGAAAGGAAACUUAAUAUGGAGGGCUGCGAGGGCAUAAUCCAUCUUGAUGAAUGAUUCCCUUCUUUGCUGUGUUUGUAUACAAAUAAAUUAUUUUCUUUGCUCAAGUUCGUUCAGGCUGAUCAUCUUUAAUAAAUUAAACCUCUAGAACAGUUUAUAAAUCUAAUCAUUAUAGAAAUACGUUUUUCGGUUAUGUGGGCGGGGUCGAGGAAGCUUAAGAGAAGCGAAUCAUAUUGGCCAGAUGGCGUAUUAGUAGAGAGAAGAUUAUUAGAGAAGGAACUUAAUAGAGAGGGGCUUAUUAGAGAAGAGGCUCAAUAGGGAGGGGGCCUUAUUAGACGGGGGGAUUGAUAGAGAGGGUAUCAGAAUUUACGCAAUAGAAAAUUGAUAAAUUAACAUGAAUUAUUAUGUUUCUGGUCAGAGCCAAAUUAUGAGAUUCUAGUUUACAUUGCUUCGGGAAAAGUUAUCCUCGCCGCGUUUCUACUGUCGUUGGUGUUAUUUACUAUAUUGAUUAUGGACUUCACUCUUUGCCGUCGAAAGAAAGGAUUUCUUUACGCUCUGCUUGGCUGUAAAAGUGAUGACGCGGAUCAUGUUUGUCAACGUUGCAGCGAAAGAAAUAGAAGUGAGAUUGCAGUGUAAAACACAAGUAAGUACGAAGACCUAGUGCACAACGUCGAACUUUUCUUAUGCCGAGCCAAGGAGCUGAAACAAUGAGUUUAGGUAGGGCUCAUGCUGAAACAUAUAUAUAGCUAUAGAUCUAAUUCGAUUUUAAUGACAUUGAUUAAAGAAUAUUUUUUUAAAUCGUAACAUGUGUUUCUCUCAUUAUUCAUUAUCAAUACAUGCAUGGGAAACCACACAGAAAAUCAUGACCGUGCAUGAAUGAAAGAGCUUGUACCUCUGAUACUAAAUAUUAGCUUGCUCAUUUACAAAAAGCUCACAAAAUAUUAAACAGCAAUAUGGAAUUUUUCAUCAUAGAACUGAUAGCCGAUAGCCUACGCCUUGCCCCCAUGAAUCUUAGGAAUUCCAAACUAAAUUUUUUGGGGAAUUUUUAAGGAUUAUCAAUUUUAGAAGUGGGAAUGUUAAAUAUUUAAAAUAUUCCUCAUCCACCCCCGACCAUGUGUAUAUGCAUGUGUAAAAUUUCUUGCAAAACUUAUCAAAAAUCAAUAGCUUGUCUUCAAGAAGUUAAUGCAGGAAAUCUUCAGUCAGUUGAUCUUAUCUCGAAUAAAUAUCUACACUGUCUGAAUAUCUACAAUAUCUUCAAUACCUUAUUAAACAUGAGCAAUAGCAAUGAACUUUACAAGUUCGGCUAGUGAAGAAAUGUACGAGUAUUAACUACUUGUUAUAUUUGAUAUUGCAUUUAUAAAAUAUGAUUAUUAUCGUUGGUGAAAGAAAUUGUUCUGGUGUUGGUGAAAGAAAUUUUGUCUAAUCUCUGCAUGGAAGCCUCCAUUUAUUAUCUGUGUUCGGCACCUAGCAAGGGCCCAUUGAAUUGGUCAUUGAAAUAUACCUUUUUUUGACUGAAAUAGGUGCCCAAAUAUUUGUGACCCUCCCUUCUAGAUGGGCCCCAAAAAACUUGGCCCUCCCCAAAAAGGGGCCCAAGAAAUAGUAACCCUCCCCCUAAAUUUACCGGUCCUCCCCCCCAAUAAUUAAUGACCGCUCCCUUAACCCAUACAAAUAUUUCUUUAGAUUACAGACAAGCUUUUCACCAUUUUCUCCUUCCUAGUUUCAUAACCCUUCGGUUGUUGAAUAAAAGUAUCGCAAUCAAUAGGAUCAUAUCAGCAAAUAUGCCGUUUUGACAUCCAUCUGAUGCACAAGCAUAUUAUUUUGUACUGCAUGUUGCAUCAACACACGUCACACGAACUGAACUCAUUCGGGCUGUAGGGACAAACGUCUCGUGAUAUAGUCUACGCCAGGGAUUUUGGAGUAACCUUUGGCUACAUAGUUACCUAGCCUUACCUAGCCUCACAGUCCUGUGGGGGUGGGACAAGUGUAAAAGUUUCAUUACCUACUAGAGGUGUGCAUCGGAUCGGAUUGGACGUUUAUAAUCCGACAAUUGGCUAAUGUUUAAAAUCCGAUCCGAAAUUGUCUAAUCCGAUCCGAGUUUUAAUAAAGAAUUCCGAUCCGAUCCGAAUAAUCCUUUAAUAAAAUAAAUUUCUCAUUCAAGUGGAAAUAUUUAACCAAAUAAAUAUAAAAGCAAGAAAUACAUGCCAAGAAGCUGACGAAGUGACGUCCAAUUGAAUUAUCAAACGAAUAAUGCAGCGACAACCGCGUUGUCGUGGUUAAUUAAUUCAUUUUAUUUCGAAUAUCGAAGUCCGAUCCGAUCCGACUACGAAACAACUUUAUCAAUCCGAUCCAAUCCGAAAUGAAUAUUUUUGUUCCGAAAUCCGAACGAAUCCGAUCGCAUCGGACUUGGAUCGGGUUCGGAUCGGAUUUGCACACCUCUAUUACCUACUAAUGAGUCUACCCCUUCAUCCAUAGCCCUUUUCCAAUUUGUCGCCUCUGGGGAACUCGCUACUUUUGAAUAGGAGACUGGAACAUCAGUCAUUCUAAAAGAAUAAUCUACAGCAUGGUUAUACUAUUGUCAACAACACUUUCAACAACAUACUCACUUAGAUAAGAUCACAAGAGGGUUUGUUUUGAGCCCUAGUUGGGUACCUUGUUGUACCCUCUUGUACCUCUUGCAAGGCCUCGUUCUCUGCUUCAUUCACAAUUGGAAUUUUGCUCUACAUCAGGCAAUACACUAGGCACAGUGUCAACCUCUUCAUCAGUUGAAAGGACCUCGUUCUCAGGGCUUAAAAAAUCAAAGAACUUAACAAACCUAACACGCUCAACCCUCCUGCUUUCGGAUAAUAUACUAAGUAAGAUUCCUUCGUUACUCCUGGGUUCCAGCUUUUUAGCAUUCUGCACAUAAGCAUACUAUCAUAGCAUACCCAGAAAUAGGAAAUCCCAUUCCGAUUAUGCGCUUUCCAUCUGGAGUGACUGACCGGAAGGCACUGAAGGGUUGUUUACCAUUUACAUGGAAAACCCAUUCGGUUUGAAUUAGAUCGCGAAGAGCCUGGAACAAUGGAACAAAAUUCACUGGUUGAAACGUUCCAAUCGGUAAGAGAGGACAACCUUUUCAAACAAACCGUUCAUUCCGGAAAAGUUCCGGUUGGGCCGUCGAAAUAUGCUUGUUCCAUUUACUUUAAUUUCCGUAUGGACAAAAAAACUUUAACGAUUUAAACUUCGUCGAAGACUUUAAAACGUUACCUUUCUCCGUAAUCUAUGGCGUCGCUGACCCUGAUGAAAAACUCGAUAUAUUAAAUUCUUUAAUUACAGAAUGUAUUGAAAGACAUGCGCCGCUAAGACGAACCAAGAUCACGAGACCCCCAGCACCAUGGCUCAAAGAUCCUACCAUCCAAGAUCUACAGGAGCAAAGAAACGUUCUCCAAGCCAGUGCUCGAAGAAGUAAGGAUGCCCAAGCGUGGGAACUAUUUCGUUCAGCUCGCAACCGCCUCAAAGCAUUAAUUAAAACUGCUAAAAAGAAAUUCACGCAAAAAAUGCUUUCUUCUAAGAAACCCAAGGAAGUAUGGAAAGUAAUACAUCGCAUCUUGCACCCAGAGCCGCGUAGGAUCACCUUUCACCCUGACAAACUCAAUUCUCAUUUUACUUCAACGGCAGAACGUACAAUCGGCACUGACGUCAAUGAUAAUAACAACAGUUACGACACUAUAAGAAACAUGAUCGAUUCGCUUCCCCCAGACUACGACAAUGGCUUCCAUAUAAAUCCUGUCACACUGGGCGAAGUUGUAAAUGAAAUACGUUGUCUACGAGGAGACUGUUCCACAGGACCAGAUCACAUUCCAGCAAAAAUGAUCAAGAUUGUGGCCGAAUAUUUGGGUUCUCCAUUAACCGAUAUCAUUAACACCUGUAUCGCGAAUCGAAGCUUUCCGUCCGCGUGGAAGAUUGCGCGUAUUUGCGCAAUCCCAAAAGUUAAGCAAAUCACCUCUGAAAAUGACCUGCGGCCCAUAUCAAUCUUGCCAGUACUGUCGAAAGUGUAUGAACGCCUAAUCUUUCGCCAGCUUUCCAAAUUCAUCGAUGACAACAAAUUACUGAGUAGCACCAUCUCUGCAUAUCGAAAGGGCCAAUCCACCACAACGGUCAUGCAAGCCAUACGAGAUGACAUCACGAAAGCAAUGAGUCGUGGAGAAGUCACGAUGAUGAUCUUCGCUGAUUUCUCGAAAGCUUUCGAUACGAUCCGUUUUAAAAAUCUCAUCUCGAAAAUGAGCAAACUGGGCUUCUGCAAGGAUUUUCUUACAUGGACACUAAAUUAUGUCUCACAUCGUAAACAGUACGUUCAGAUUGAUGAUAUUAGAUCGAAUACAACAAAUGUUAAUUUCGGCGUACCACAAGGAUCGAUAUUGGGGCCGGUUUUAUUUAAUAUAUACGUUGCCGACCUUCAAGAAAUUAUCGACGCCAAAAGCCAUCAAUAUGCUGACGACACAACAAUCUAUGAGCAUGCUAAGGUCAAACAUAUUCAUAGAUGUAGAGAAACCAUAUCUGAUUCAAUGAAAAAACUCAACGACUGGUCAAAUAAUAGCAGCCUUGCCUUAAACCAUAAGAAGACAAAAGCAAUGCUUUUCUCAACUCAACAAAUGUCAAGAGUCCACCAAUUGGAAAAUUAUGAACCUAGAAUAUUUGUCAACGAACACGAACUAGAGCGCAUAAAGUCAUGCAAGUUGCUUGGCGUUCAUUUCAACGAACACCUAAAAUGGGACAACCAUAUCCGUCACAUAACAUCUGCCUUCUACGCCACCUUGCAAAUAUUAAGGAAACUUAAACAUCUAGCUUCUUAUUACCUUAGAAAACAGUUAGCUGAAACGCUAAUAUUAUCCAAAUUGGAUUAUGCUGAUGGUGUUUUCUAUCCACUCCCGCAGUUUCUAUCAAGGCGCUUACAGAAAGUUCAAUUUGCAACUGCUAGUUUUGUCUUGGGUCGAUAUGUUAAAGAUCAAAAGGAUAUCCUGGAAGUUGGAUGGCUUCCAGUUAACGAAAGAAGAGACCUAAACAUCCUGAAAUCGAGUUUCAAAGCCAUGUAUUUCCCAGAGUGGCCAGAGUAUCUAAAGCUAGAACGACAAACUUGCGUCCGAGAACUGCGCUCAACCAAUGCAGUUAGACUAGUCGUGCCAAAAGAAACUGGAACGUUUCAACAUAGUGCUGCGAAACUUUUUAAUUCCUUACCUGAGAACAUCAGGAAUUGUACAAAUUACAAAGUAUUUUUAAAAUUAACUAAAGAACUUUUAUUCGAAAGAGCACGCCAAAACUAGUUUUUAAUCCGAACAUCGAUUUUAUCUAAUUUCAACACUUAAACGUUAUAGUCCAUAGUUAUAGAAUAGAAUAUAGUAUUUAAUUGGUAUUUUAACAGGGAAGAGCCAUAUGUAUGGAUCUGUUGAAUAAAUCGUUAUUAUUAUUAUUAUUAUUAUUAUAUUAUUGUAUGGAAUCACCGGAAUUUCCAUGUAAAUGGUAAAAAACCCAUAUGUCCACAUCAUUUUAGGCUAAUUAGCUUCUAGCAACAAGCAUCUUGCCAUAUUGAAUAGGCUUAGCCAAGAUCUCUCAGCAGUCCCAUGCAUUUUGAUGGGGUGAGUAUACGGAGCUUAAUCUUAUUCUCACGGAGGAGAGAUUCAAAUUUGUGCCCUACAAAUUCUCCACCAUUAUCACUUCUGAUACACUUAAUCUUACCAAUAGGAGCAGUAUGCGCUAAGAAUUGCGUAGUUGCUUCCAGUGUAUCAGAUUUUUUGCAAAAUAAUACUCUACGCUGAUGACAUGCACUCUUCUAUAUUAUUCCUCCAAUUCGGUCAAAGACAUUGAGCUAUGCGUUAAUGAAGAUCUUCAUUCAAUCUGUAAAUGGCUUGAUGAAAAUCUGCUAACACUAAACUGUGAAGUUCCCGCUUCUUUUUGGCGGUAACCGUCGCCUAAAAACAUUCACCAAUAUCUCCAUAUACGUUAACAACCAACAACUUGCUCGAGAGCAAACUUUUAAAUAUCUAGGAAUCACCUUUUCAGACAAUCUCACUUGGUUCGAUCACAUAAGUAAUGUAUCGAUAAAAAUUAACCAACGUAUUGCAUUGCUUAGAAGAGUUAAAGUCUUCAUCCCAUUAAAAGCUCGACUUACAAUCUACAAUUCUCUCAUCCUCCCAUUAUUCGACUACGCUGACAUUAUAUGGGGUGAUAAGAACAACACCACCCUCAUGGAUCAACUACAAAUCCUUCAGAACAAGGCUGCAAAAACUAUUCUUGACGCUCCUUACCUAUCCUCCUCCACUGAAGCUAUCUCAAACCUACACCGGUGGCACCCACUUACCCACCGGCGAUACUUACAUCGAAUGCUGACCAUAUUCAAAUUGAAAAAUAACCUGAUAGAUUAUGACUUCGACCUACCUAAAGCCAACCACCUGCAUAACACGAGACAAAGAGAUCACAUUCAUCUCAGCAAACCUAGUACCAAUUGGGGAAAGCAGAAACUUCUAUACCAAGCUUGUAAGGAGUAUAAUGAUUUGGACAAAAACAUUAAAUCAACCAACCAUCUAGCUAGUUUUCAUACUGCACUUCUUAAAUCUCCAUAGUAUAAUCGAACGCAUUUUGCGACUAGCUCUUCUUUGUAAUAUAUAUAUAUUGCAUUUUGCGACUAGCUCUUCUUUGUAAUAUAUAUAUAUAUAUAUAUAAAUGUUACAUCUGGCGUCUCCCAGGGGUCUAUUCUUGGGCCCCUUCUUUUCAUUGUUUUCUUCAAUGAUUUUUCAUCCUGCCUUAAGCACUCAAAUGUCACACCUUUAUCAUCUAACUGAAACUCUCAUCUGAUAUGAAAGCAAUUGCCGAAUGGUGCGUUGAAAAUGAAUUGAUCUUGAAUACUAAUCCAGGCAAAAUAGAAUCAAUGAUGUUUGGUACUGCCAAGAACCUGGCACAACAACCGCAGUCUUUGAAAGUAACAUUUGGAAAUCAAUUGAUCAACGCUACAACGACAUACAAGUACCUAAGGUGUCCAUAUUGACCAUUCGUUGAAUAUGAAUUCCAACUUUAACAUCAUAUAUAAGAAGGCCUGUGGGGAAGAUUGAGACUAUUACGAAAGAUAAGACUCUUUCUCAAUACGCUGGCGGCAAAGGCGAUUUAUCAAGGGAUGAUUGUACCCAUUUUGACCUACUGUGGUCUAAUAAAUUUGCACGUAAGCCAGUCAAGAGAUAGCCUGCGCGCAGACUAUAUAAUGACAUAAAUAGUCUGCGAAUCCGUGGCAUGAAGCUUGUAUGGUCACGUGAAUUUCCCAAGAAAAGUUGGGACGAAUUGUGAUUGGUUGAACUAUAAUUAUGCAGAAUUAAUGUUAAUUCAUCGGACAUUGCGUUCGCAACGCGCGUUGAGCUGUUCAAAAUUGACCGUUUCCAGGGUCAAAUGACAAUGUUUAUAUUACAGUUGUAUUUAUAGAAGUGUGGCGGAUAUUAAGAUAAACAAGAAAGGCCGUUGUAGAAGAAAUCUAUAAUAUUACAUCUUCUGUUUAGCGAAAUGGGCUUUCCGUUUUGAAAACAACGGCCUUUUUUGUUUAUCGCCACACUUCUAUAAAUACAACUGUAAUAAACAUUGUCAUUUGAGUCAUUUGACGAUUUUGACCCUGGAAACGGUCAAUUUUGAACAGCUCAACGCGCGUUGCGAACGCAAUGUCCGAUGAAUUAACACUAAUUCUGCAUAAUUAUAGUUCAACCAAUCACAAUUCGUCCCAACUUUUCUUGGGAAAUUCACGUGACCAUACAAGCUUCAUGCCACGGAUUCGCAGACUAUAUAUGUCAUUAUAUAGUCUGCGCGCAGGCUAGUCAAGAGAGGAUAUUAAACUUCCGGCAUUUCAUCAUCGUGCUUUGGAUAUUAUUAGGUCAAAUACUAAGUAUGAAUGCGAUAUCAAUUCACCUGCCAUUAUCAAUCAAAUAAAAGCCUGUUAGUUGGUUAGAAAUUGUCUGGAUGGAAAUGUCUGCUCCAAUUUUAUGAACUUUUAGCGCGAGUAUUGAUUUGUUAUAAUGUUUGUAAAAAUACGUAGAAGUGUAGAACGCUAAUAGAUAAUUUGAUACAUUUAUUUUACUUCACAAUUGUGGAGUCGGCAUUUAAUAUCUAGUGAUGAGUUGAGCACGAUUACUCGAGAGACCGCAAAGCCAAGACUGUCCAGUUAGUAGAGGCGAGGCGGAGAAGCAAUUAAGAUUAGUGUCAAGAUAAUUAAGGCGCGUUAAUACAAUUAGGCUAGAAGUGAUUGCCAAGAGGAAAUUUUAUGUAGGCGAGUCUACUUCCUAAAAGGUUUAAAAUAAUAUGACUAAAAAUAAUGUUUGUAGAAGUUCCAAAAGUUAUUAACGUCUUUGAGCCAAAACAGCAUAAUAUCCGCUUAGUGAUAUCAGGUGACUAUCACUACAAACUACUUUGAGAUAAACGUUUGCAUAUGAAAGAUCAACCCGAAACAGUGGAUAUCAACUGAAACUACCGAAAAUCCGAUUGGAAUAUAGUUGACGAUCCUUUUAGAAUAUGGGGGCAAAAUUUUAAUAUUUUUAAUAUUAACAUUUUAACUUAUUUGUGCAUGUUUAGGUUUUUAGGUUUACAUGUUUACAGGACUCACAUUGAUAACAGUUCUCUUUGGACUGAAGUGAUCUAUAUCCUGUAUAAAUAUUCGAUGUAAAUGAGUGUCCGUUGAAACCUUUUUCUUGUUCUUCUGCUUUCUUCGCUGAUUCUCUACCUCCGGAGUUCGUUCAACAUUCCUUCGUUUCAUGAGUUUUACUUUUACAAAUGUUGCACCACUACCGGGUGGCCCAAAAAAAAGUACUCCUGUUUGAUUCGUAAUAACAUCUAAACAAGUAUAGCUUUUAAAGAGAAAUAACUUGCAUCAAAUAGAGGAAGGACUAACUUAGACUUUGAUAUAUUACAGUUGUAUUUCACUUAAAAAUUCACGGAGAUAUUAAUCUUUAAAUUCGGGAGGAUAUUUCUGGAUGUGUCUGAAAUAUGCAAAAAUCGGCGUAUCAAAUAUUAAUCGAGAUUUGCCCGACUGAAACAUGCACUAUUACCAGUAAAUAAAUGACACUUGACAAAUUGUUUAUUAUGAAACAAAGUAUUAUUAUAUCUACAAAAUACAAACAAGAUUCAUUCGUCCGAAAUUCGCGUGUGUUCCUAGCACGAAUACGUUUCCUUAUUUCAUGAGACCACUGCAUCGCGAAGGAUCGUCAUUGGAUCGUUCGUAGUUCUGAAUUAGGGCAUGCUGUCACAACGGAAUUGUGAAGCUCUUCUAACUUCUGCAACGUUCUGAAAUCUUGUUGAGAACACCCAAACUCUUUUGCCGUUUCUUAAUCUUGGCAAGUUCAUGGAGUAAACUGAGAAUUAUAUGAAACACAAUCAAACCAUACAACUCCAUAAGACAUAACAAUUAAGCAACUCCCCAGAGACAUGCAACAUUUUUGGAACAAAACGUAACAAAAUAGUAGCGUUGAUACGGUGAUGUGUAUUUGCAAAAAGCAAUACCGGUAUUAUUUCCUUCAAUAAAGAAUAUUCAUCCUGCUCUAACCGAGAAAUAAUCUACUCAGUCUGUUUGAACCAUUAAAAACAUAAAAAAAUUAGGCUAUUUAAGAAUACGAAAAAUUUAAGCGCCUGCCUUCCAUGGUCAGUCUUUCAUGUACAUUUAAGUUUGCAAAGACCUAAUAUUAAAUACUUGCAUAAUUUCGAACGUUCAUAUUUCAGAAAACAAUGAGCUAAGACUUACAUGUAAGAUGUCUAAAUCUACGCCAUAUCCCUUACAAACCUUAACGAUAAUUCGCUGAAAUACAAGUUAGCCUAAUAUGUCAUUAAGCAAACAAACGCUGGAGUUAAUAUUUGAUAUGCCGAUUUUCGCUAAUUUUAGACACAUUCCAAAAUAUGCUCCCCAUUUUUAACAUUAAUAUCUCCGUGAAUUUUUAAGUUAAAUGCAACUGUAAUAUAUCAAAAUCUAAGUUAGUCCUUCCUCUAUUUAAUGCAAGUUAUUUCUCUUUAAAAACUUUACUUGUUUAGAAGUUAUUACGAAUCAAACAGGAGUACUUUUUUUUGGGCCACCCGGUAGCCUUGCGAAAUUUGCAAUUUUCAGUCAUUUUGUAUUACGAGCGGGAAACGGUUACCACUUUUCCAAAAUUUUGAUCUCAACUAACCUAAAUAAAAAUUUCAUUACAGCUUGAAAGAGAAUCACAAAAUUAGUAAUGUUCCAAAGUUUCGUUGCGAAAUGUUGUAAAAUGCGGAUAAUAUAGCCGUGGUAACCAUUUCCCGUUUGUAAUCUAAAAUGACUGAAAGUUGCAAACUUCGCAAGGCUAUAUUAUCCGCACAGUUUUACAACAUUUUGCAAUGAAACUUUGGAAUAUUACUAAUUUUGUGAUACUCUUUCAAGCUGUGAUGAAAUUUUUGUCUAGACUUGUUGAGUUCAAAAUUUUGGUUAAUUGGGGAUUGGUCCAUUCUCCAAGCUGCAAUGAUUAGCACACCAUUCACUCUUGCAUGAAGGGUUGUUUUAAAGCUACAUUUCCAUAUACUCCCUCACCAACUUAAAGUGCCACUAACCCCAGUAAAAUUUUUGAUAUGGCUGGUAUGUUUAAUCAUACUGUGUAAUCGUAUAUACGAAUUGAGUUUUACUUUCUGGAUUUUUUUCAGUUUCGAUGUUGAAGUAUACGCUGCUUACAUGGAUAGAGCUGGCAAGAUGAAAAACUCGAUAAGUAAAUUUAUAAUUUAAUUUAAUACAUUUCUUUUGUCCAGUUUUCGGAAUCGACUUUUUAGACCGUAUGUCUGAACAUUGCUCCUCGGACCUUAGAGAUAUUCCCAUUCCCUAUUUGUCUGAUCCAAAUGGCAUGAUUUGCCAACACUGGAUCCAGAAAAAUAUGCCGAAAUGUUUCGUUAAGUUUGUACAUUUCAAAGGUAUAAUAAUCCGUUAAGUUUUAUAUUGUUGGACUUUAAGCAUGCAAGUCCACCCGGACCCUCACCUCCAUCACAAGCUAUACGUCUGUCUGUUUUGCUGCUAACUAUAAAAUGUUUUUGCUGCCAAGUAUAAUUAAUUAUUGGAUGAGGUUUUUGUGAUAUACCGAGACCUUGAUACUUUUGCAUACCGCAAAAACCGAAUUCGAUAAUUGUUUUAUUAUACAUUUGUUUGUGUUCAAUAGAUACCACUUGCUAAUCGUCGCAGGCUCAUUUGCAGAUAACUCAGUUAUCUGCUAGCAUGUAACUGAAUUUUCUGUAGGUUGCGUGAUUGCGCGAUUUAACUGUAAGCUCUUAGCCAAUCAAAUUGCUUUUACCAACUACAAUGUAUAAUAAUAGCAGUUAUACUGUAGUUACAUGUUUUUAAAUUUCUUUUAAACUCUCUUUCAGGCAUAUCGUUUGAACUUGAUGCAGACACAUUGGUUGAAGACGCGGGGAAGAAAAGAGUUCGGUUUGAAACGUCUCAGUCGCCAAGUUUACUCGUGAAAGAUAAAUCUGUGCUAGAAGGAACCAAGACCUCUAUUUUUAAAGCUAAAGCUUAUUUAAGGGUAUGCAUACACAUUUAAAAAUAAACUAAAUUAAAUUUGUUGGUACGGAUCGUUGGCUCUUACUGUUCGGGCCGGUUGUUCAAAAUCCAGUUAGAGACCGGUCACUAAUAAUGGGGGAAGGCGGUGGGUUAGAAAAGGAGGGCGGCUUAAACUAUUUUUGCCUGAAUUGGGGGCGGUCUCAAACUGAAAAAUAUGUGACAAUUAGGGGCGUCCCCAAUUUUUUAAUGUUGAAAACAUAUUAUAAAACAAAAAAGUUAUUAUAAUUAUGUUAUAUUUUAUAUAAUAGAAUAAUAUACAACUGACUUAUGGAGGAAUUUUAAAACUUGUUAAAUAUAAAACAAUGCAAAAAAGUUCACCAUUCAAAGGUCACCUUUUAGUCCCCGAGCCGGCGGCGCGCGAGGGUACCAAUUCCCCCCGGCUAUUUACAUGCACCCGGGGAAACGAAAGCAUUAGCGAAGUCUAAAGUUCAUCUAUGAUCGCGGGCGUGGCUCACCAACGAUGUUUCGGUGGGUGGUCAUCCUCACUGAUCUCAAAAAUAUGGCGGACUGUCAUGAAUAGCAGACACUGAUUGGUCCAAUUUAAAGUUUGCAUUAUAACGACUGCAUGACGACAGCGAAAUAGCAAGCAUUUCUUGAUUUGAUGAUUGAUAAAUUUCUUGCAAAUAUAUUUCAUUUUUGCUCCCAUUUUUGCAAGAUUUUGUAAAUUUCAAAAGCUUUCUCAGAAAGAAAAGGCGAAAGAAUCGGCUAAAAGAAGGGAGCCGACGUUAACGAAGGUAAGGUUGUUUUAAAUAUUGAUUUUAUAUAAAUUGCUUUAAAACCUGACGGCCUUUGCGUAUAUGAAACAACUAAACAAGACAGCAUAUAAUUUCAGUGUAUCUUUAAUAUUGAUUCCCUUUUUUACUAUAUUGAAUUUUUUAAAUAAAAAAGAAAGCAAAGUUAUUUGCAUGCGAGAAUUUGAAAUAAUUUUAUUGCAAACUCAAACUUUAUCGAUAAAGCAAUUUAAUUAAAUAAAGGCAGUUUAGUUUUAUAAAGAACACUUUAAAACGUUUUGCGAAGCGUUUGUGGUUAAAUUUUACCUUAAAUUGAAGCUUAUAUUACGUAUAAUAUCAUACCUAACAUAUAAAUGUUGGGAAAUUGAUAAUUUUGUAAUUAAAAGUGAUAUUUUUAGGCAAUUUUUCAUUUGUAAGAAUAUACUUAAAAAAUUAUCGUGUUACCAUGACAACUACUUUAGAUACUUCAUGUUCGGAAAAAUGCAAUGGUUUUGUCAGCAAGGCGAGGGUUUCUGCCUGCAUGUAUUUUCUAGUAUAAUUUUAUAGUAACUGAUUUAUUAAAAAUAGAACCUUUGUAACGAAUUAAAUGUUAGAGGGUGGGGGGCCUAAAUUUUCUAGAUGAAGGUGGGGGCGUCUUAAAAAUAAAGGUCUUUCGAUUGGGGCGGCUCUAAAAAAAGUUCAAUAUUUGGUAUUUAUCACCAAACGCCCCCCCCAUUAUUAAUGACCGGUCCCUUAGCUUAAUCCUGGGUUAACAAAAUCUUCAAAGCAAUCUUCCCAACAGCAUGUUUAUAAACAUGGAAAUAUUGCUCACGAAAUCUUGUCUGGAUCAGCGGAAGUUUUAUUUUUUGAAUGUUUGAAAUAAUGUAGAAAUAUACACACUAAUUUUAACCCAGGCCCAAGGUUAUUUUAACCCAGUCAAUUUUAACCCAGGCCCAAGGUUAUUUUAACCCAGUCAAUUUUAACCCAGGCCCAAGGUUAGCGCUUAUCCAGCUUUCAACAACCGGCCUCUGAACUGUUCCCCUUGAAUAUACAGUAAAGCCGGUUACAGACGAACACGUUUUCUAUGACAAGUUUUUAUGUGACAAGUUUUAUUUACCAAGUGCAUGUGUGUAUAUGCAACAAAUUUUAUAUGACAAGUUUUCAUAUGAGAUGUUUUAUUUACUGGUGUGAACGUGUCAACAAGUUUACUUUGACAAUUUAUUAGUGGCCAGCAAUGUAAUAGGACAGCGGACAACACGAGCGCUGGCCAAUCACAUCAAAUUCUCAGAUUACUUUGACAAGUUUUCUUUGUUGACCCAUACAGACGAACAAAAUUUGUACUUCGACAAUUUUUUCUAUGACUAGUGCACUUGUUCAAAAGCUAGCAUGCUAGCUUUUGAACAAAUGCACUUGUCAUAGAAAAAAUUGUCAAAGUUGCGUGUACAGACGAGCAAAUAAAACUUGUCACUUACAGUGAAAAUACAAAAAGUGUCCCACUUCCGCUUCUGUAGUUUGUUGUGAUUUACUGUAAUUUGUUCUGUUUUUCUGUAGCAAUUACCGAUUUAUCGGCAAAUACCGCGAUAAAACUUAGUUUUCUCUACUUUUUAAAUAUGAUAACUCGUAGCAAAGGGAAAUAAUCCAUUUUUCGUUAGUUUCAUUGCAUAAAAGGUACGAAAUUUAAAUUUUAUCGCAGUAUUUGCCGAUAAAUCGGUAAUCGCUACAGAAAAACAGAACAAAUUACAGUAAAUCACAACAAACUACGGAAGUGGGACACUUUUUGUAUUUUCACUGUAAAAACUUGUCGUAGAAAACUUGCUCGUCUGUAACCGGGUUAAAACCAGGCCAUAUCCUCAGGGGUUAAAAAAUGCUUCAGAAAUGCCGUACGAGGUCGUGUGCUCUGUAACUUGGCGUACGUUUCAACGAUGUUGACGUACGAUUUUCUUAACUAGUUUUAUCAUGCAUGUUCUCCGACUUUUCAAAACACUUAACAACGUAAAAUUUUCGGUAUGGACUAACUUGAGCCGAAAAAUUUCGAUUAUGGGGUCCACGCUAACUUGGAUCGGAGAAUGUUAUAGGUAUUGUCAGGGCCGCCGAGAGAAUUCGCGGAGCCCGGUUCUGGGGGCCUCAUGACAUCAUUAUUUUUAAGCUAGAUCAGUCACCCAACUAGACCUUAGCUAGACUGCAUGUGGAGCUACUAUAAGGGGCCUCAAUUUCAAAAAUGCUCUGAACAAUUUAAAAGAACCCAGUACCUACUCAAUUUUGGGCAAAGGGACUGUAGUGAGAGUACGUAACCGUACUCGUUUUCCUAGAUUCGCGGCGUACGGCAAGCUGUUUUCGGCAUGUAAUCGUACGUCCGUACGCCGAUUUUUUUAACCCUUGAAUCCUGUCACGUAGGAAGCGAUUGAGCUAAUGGUUUGGCGAGGUCUUGUUGGUCUAUUACAUGAUAAUGAUAUUUAUGUAAUAUUUUUGUGUGGCUGUCAGUGGCUUGCGACCUUUCAUAAGCACGCAUAUGGUAAUGAAAGAAAUCGAAGCAACAUUACUUGGUCUGACAACCCAAGGGAAAUCACGACCGCGAAGGAGCAGUGACAGCAUCCCCCUCUCUAAUAAUUUCUGAAAGCCUUUGAGUAAUAGCUGAAUAACUGUAACAAAGUUGCAACAAUAAUUUUGCAACCGUAUUGUAUUUGCAUAACAUUUAAAUUUCCAGUUACAAAAGAUGGUCAUGCACGUAUGUUGGCCCCUCCCUCCCGCCCAAUAUAUCGGGAAGUGUCUGCCACUGCGAAGGAGUUUGUAUGUCUGAUACAAAAUCGUACUGGUUUACCUUAACUUCAUUAUUCUCACCAAAUAUCAUCCAUGUCCACAUUUCAUCAUGACGAAUAACAACCUUUAUUAUAUAAAGUACAGUAUAGUGCUUUAUAGAGAUUUCGAGCACUGAUAAAAGUGAUAAUCUCAUAUGUGAGAUUAUUUAUGAUAAUCUCACAUGUGAAAAUUAUCGCUUUUCAAUUAACGCUUUUCUGUAAAAAUUAUCAGUUUUCAAAAACUGUCCUCCAUAUAAUAAACAGAAAAAUACAUGGGUGCUUGGAAAUACCAGAUUUAUUUCUCGUGUUGAACAUGAUAUCACGUAUUUCCGCGCACCCAUGUAUUAUUCUCUAUAUAUACAGCUUCGCGUCCGUGUUUUAUAAGUUAUUCAGUACAGCCGUUGGUGUUGUACAUAUUGCUUGCCUACUUUUACUCCGUACUUUGUUUUCUAAUACGUAGUCUAUGGAAUUUUCAGGUUGAUGAAUGCCCUGAUUGUGAAGAUAAGAUUAAUCCGUAUCCAGAUAUUCAACUUAAAGUUGUCGCAAAAGUACCAGAGGGUCGCCCGGCUCCCCCCACCCCUGCAACAUCGGGUAAUGCACCUUCACUACAACCGUACUUUGUUCUGCCUUAUUCUACUGGGGAAGCGAAUGUCAAAAACUACACCGAAACGAAGGUUAGUAAAAUUUACGUUGCUUCAUUUAUCAAAGCAGGGUUCUUAUACAAACAAAAAUUCAGGGUUUUGAGUGUUUUCCAGGGUUUCCAUGGGGAGCCUGCAUGGAAAUCCUGGAAAACCCUGAAUUUUUGUUUUUGUCCAGGAAACGUCUUGAAAAGUUCUGGAAUUUCAAAGUGACGCCUGAUAAACCCUGGAAAACUCGACCUCGUUCCUAGGCUCUACUUACCCUGGUAGGAGCUCGUCACGUGAUCUGCUAAAAUCUAGCAGGUUUUUAAUUGAUGAUGAUGAUGUUGAUAAAUAUUUAUAUUUGAAAUUUAUUACUCGCAUUUUGUUUUGCAAGUUUGAUUUGAUUUUACAGGAAUCCAAGUUAGUUAAUUAGAAAUCUGCUAGAUUUUAAGAUUACGUGACCAGCUCCUAGCAGGGUCUUUCAUCCACAAGAGGUAAGAACCUUGGGGACGAGGCUGUUGAAAACUAUACCUAUGUAGGCCACCGUACCCAGAACCAUUUUCACUCGGUCACUCGUUCAAAAUUAGGCUCUGGAUUAGGCGACUAAAGGAAGAGAUCUGAUUGGCUUCUUAGAGAACUGCUAUUUCGCAGAAGUUGAAAAUAUUCUAUCAACAUAUGUCAACACAAAUACUUCGUUUUUCGUAAUACUUCUCUAUGAAUUGUUACGGGUGCUAAAGCAUCCCAAUCAGGGCGCUUAUAUAUAGGGCGGCGCAACGCCAGUGAUUUUGCUGAUCGACGUGUGAUACGGGGCCUGGUAAGCAAUUUCCUGCCCUACACGGUCAGCGGUAGUCAAUCUUAACUUAACAUUGCUCUAUGUCUUAGCAACCUGCAUAGCAACAACGCUGUAAUGAAAACAAAUUUUAAAAGUUGUGAAAUUAACUUCAUUUCACCCGGUUUUUAACGUUGUUUCAACUGAGUAAGUUGUCUCUAGCUUUUUUAUUAUCAUUAUCUACCAUGAACUAAACAACAAUAAAUAAAACGAACGAAAUUUCACUUUAAUAUCAUGUUAUAGUUUAAUAUACAGUUUGCAGUCGAUCAUAUUGCAGAAUUUUUGAACGUCGUAACCAGUAUAGCCUAGACUUACUGGAGAACUUAGCACUAGAGAGUAGAGUAUAGCCUAGAUUUACUAAAGAACUUAAGACCUGACUCCUAGACUUUUACAUCAAAUAAUUAAACAUUUUUUUUCCAACACAGUUUAAUCUUGCAGCUUUGUUCGUCAGCACAUCUUAUUAUCUAAAACACAAACAUUCAUGGAAAAUCAUGAGUAAAAAUAUACAAUACCCAAAUCUAUUUUAUACUAUCAGUGUUAUUAUAAUUGUAGUAUACAAUAAUUCUAACACUCUCGAAGUUUUGGAUAAAAUAAAUUGAUUUUGAAGUUUUUGUUUUAAAAUAUAAGAUUUUCCAAAUUUUCCGGUUAAAACUGCUGACGACUCACUUACGACAUUUUCACUGCAAAAGACUUUUGAAAGUGGGAAAGCAAUGUAUAUGAUAGCUUUUGCUUAAUGUUCGACAGAAGAAACAUCGACCUUCGAUCGAGUCCCAGAUUGCAAGUUAGUUAGAGGGCAAGAAUCCAUCUCAAACUAUUUUAUCUCGACGAAUACCGCUCAUAAUACUUCUCGCCUAGCAUCUGAAGAAGAACUACGGUGUUGGCAGAAUUUUAACCUAUAAAGCGCCCAGCAUAUUCUCAAAUAACUAGGUUCGUGCUGUACAGAACUCUGUGAUAAAUGUGCUCUGAAAACAUAUUAAAAAUGCUCCAAUACCUAUGAAACUUUAGCAAUGCUUCGACAUAACUAAUGCAAAUAACAGCCGGUCAAAAUAGUUCGUAUUGUUUACAUCAUUCAAAAUAUAUGACCGGCAAAAGUGGGAAAAAAGGGUCUUAUUUCAUCCAUAAUAUCUUCUAAGAAUCCACUUCGAUUUUUAUGAAAGAUUCAAAUACGUACACAUAAAAUAAUGAACUAUAACAUACCUUAGUUCGUAGGUGUUGGCAGUAGAUUCACACAAGAUGUCCUCAUUUGAAAUUUAGUCUCCAUGCAUGGAAGUCAUAAAAAGGCACGGACAUUAUCGACCAUAAAUUCUCUUGUACAAGCUGUUUUACCAUUACAGCAUACAGACCCUUUAGCCAAAGAAAUACUUUAGCCAUUUUGCCAUUUAAACCAUUCUAACACCAAAAAGAUUGAGGAAAAUGGCCAGACGAACUGAACAACUCAAAAUCGCGGUUUUCUUCAAUUUCCUCAAAAUCGUACUCGCCCCAGUUUUUUUCCGCAUCACACGUCGAUCAGCUCGCGCGCUCUCGUUGCGCCGCCCUAUAUAUAAGCGCUCUGAUCCCAAUUGAAGAGCAUGCGCUUUAGAAACUACUGCUGUUCCUUGUGUCCCAGGGCCUAGGGAGGACGCGCGCGGCCGAGAGGCCCUGGGGACGAGGAAGCAUGUAGGCCAGAUACAUAUGUGUAAAAUUCUUAAAGGAUUAAAACGUUCUGUUUCAAUAUGAUUGAUUACAAAACUUUCUUGCGCAUACAGCAUAUCGAUCUUUUUCACUUAGUGAUAUUAAUGGAUUACGAUAAUUAUUGAAGGCUAACUUCUGGAGGUGUACGAACUCUGUCAAGGAUCGUACAUGAUUAGGGCGAGUCAAAUAUGGGAACAUCUUGCUCAUGACUUAUGCUAAUUGGUCUUUAUUCGUUUAAAUCGUUAAUUUUCUAUUAUUGUGUUUCGUCUAUACCCAGGGUUUGAAAUAACGGCUAUACAGGCGCCGUCACGUCUGGUCCAGUGAGCUAUAUGUAUAUCUGGAGCAAGACCUUCAGUCGCUCGGCCUAUAAGAAAAAUUACCGGACAACAUAACCGGUGAUCCAAGGAUUUGUUUGGUCGGUACUCAAUUUUGACUGGACAAUGUCCGUUGAUUGACCGUUAUUUCAACCCUCAUUUUACAGUGUUAAAGUGUUAUAUUAAAAAUUCUAGUUGUAACUGUAAUGUUUUUUUAAUGUUAAUGGACCUUUAACCUUAUAACUAAAAUUUUGAUCUAUAGACAAAAAUUUCAUCACAGCUUGAAAGAGCAUCACAAAAUUAGUAAUAUUCCAAAAUUUUUGUCUAGACUUGUCUAGAUCAAAAUUUUAGUUAUAAGGUUAAAUUUAAUAUUGGGGAGGCAUCAAAGGAGGAUGAGGGUGCAUGAGAGUUGGUAGUCACGCGACCUUGGUUAGCUGUUCUUAAUGUUUUUUUUUCUAACAUUGUCAUGUGUUCUAUUUACAGUGAAAAUACAAAAAGUGUCCCAAUGGACCUUUAACCUUAUAACUAAAAUUUUGAUCUACAGGUAGAAAGAGCAUCACAAAAUUAGUAAUGUUCCAAAAUUUCGUUACGAAAUGUUGUAAAAUGCGGAUAAUAUAGCCCUGCGAAGUUUGCAAUUUUCAUUCUUUUUAGAUUACAAACGGGAAUUGAUACCCAAAUCGGGUGUUUGGGUAUCAAUUUCCCGUUUGUAAUCUAAAAUGACUGAAAAUGGCAAACUUCGCAAGGCUAUAUUAUGCGCAUUUUACAACAUUUCGUAACGAAACUUUGGAAUAUUACUAAUUUUGUGAUGCUCUUUCAAGCUGUGAUGAAAUUUUUGUCUAGACUUGUCCAGAUCAAAAUUUUAGUUAUAAGGUUAAAGGUCCAUUCUGCUUCUGUAGUGAUUCACUGUAAUUUGUUGUAAGUUCAAACAUUAAGUUGGAACGCUCACAAACCUUUACUUUUGUCAAUCUAGAGCUUGAAAUGUCCCUUGUAACAAUGCGUGACUGCCUACUCUCAUCAACUCUUAUCCUCGUUUGGCCGGGGCUUUACGCUGUUGCGAAUCCUCGCCAUUAACUGUGUAUAAUAUGGUUGUACUGUUUAUUGCACUCUUGUCCCAAUACCCUCGUUUACAUGUGGUAAUUACCUCAUGUUUCGGAUAAAAAGUACAAGGAUAAACUUGUGAUUGGGUUCAAGAUUGUGUAUAAUUGUAAGAUUGUGUUCAAGAUUGUGUAUUGGGUUCAAGAUUGGUGAUUGGGUAUAAGGAUAAACUUGUGAUUGGGUUCAUAUACUAUAAGGAUAAACUUGUGAUUGCGUUCAAGAUCAAAGAGAAACAUAUUCGUGGAGGGGAAAUGGGGAUAUAACCUUCUUGUGCACUUGCCAUACAAAAACAGGCAAACAUGAAAAUGGGCGCUAUUGGGGCAAACAUUCAAUAAAACGUAAAGUUUCUUUUGUAAAAGUAUGCAAAGCAAUAUUAAUAAUUGAGCUCCCAAGUCACUCAGUCAGCGUUCCCUUACCACGAAAGUCAUGGUGUACUGGUUGAUGCAUGGCGUUUGGCAGCGGCGGCGGAACAGAUUUCGUUCUGGGGGGGGGCUAAAUUUUUUCGGCGACCCCGUCGCCAAAAAAUUUCGAUCAGUGUACCACUUUAGGGGUACAAUAUACAAAAAAAGGGCGAAAAAAAAUUUUUCGGACUUAUAUCAAAAAAUUUUUUCGGAAAUACACUUUUUUUAAACAAAAUAUUGCAAAUUUGUCCCCUUAUACCUAAAUUUUCAAAAAAUAACCUAAAUUUUUACUUCUGGGGGGGGGGGCUUUAGCCCCCCUAGCCCCCCCUGUUCCGCCGCCCCUGGCGUUUGGUAUAUUACUAUAGAUCGUCAGUUCAAAACAAGACAUCAUAUUUGAGUUUUCUCUCAUCUAAUGAUUAAUAUGCUUUGACUGUAGUGUUUCUCCCGAGCUGCAAAAUGUUAGUCAGUUAUCGGGCGAGCCGGCGAGGGCUGGCAUUAAUGUAUUUCUAUUUUGUAGAAUGGACUGGUGAAUAAAACUUAAGAAGCAAAUUGCCUCUUUAAAGGGGGCUAACUAUAUUUAGCGAUAUUUUAUGAUGCUGUCUGUGAAUCUUUCUAUAGAUCCAAGUAAAACGCGCUUGUGAUCCCUGCAAACCAAAUCUGAUGAUCAAAAAUAUCGGAACCACGUAAGUAUGAUUCUUAUUAGUUCCUGGGGCACCCAGCAGCUCUAAAUUUGCCCUUUGGUUUAUGUCCAAUGUCAGCUGUCGUAUUUUUUCAGUCACAAAUCAACCUUGUACCUAGUCCUUCUGUGCUUGUUUAACAUGCAAGAAGCCAGGGACGCCGGAACGAUGAUAGGGCAAAGGGGGGCGGACGCACACCAAGGGCACCUUUACUGAAUUUUUUUUUUCACUGGCGACCUUCCCCCGUCGCCAAGAAAAUUUCGGUCAGUGUACCAUUUUAGGGGUCAAAAAUUUUUUCCGUGAAGCCAAAAAUUUUCCGUGAAGCCAAAAAUUUUUCCGGAUAUCUUAAAUUUUCGCCAUUUCUUCCAAAUAUUUUUCUAAAUUCCAAAAAUUUCCCAAAAUUUUUAUAAAUAUAAACUAUAAAUUACCUGAAUCUCGUGAUUUUCCUACAAAAAGCAUCGUUGGAAAUGUGAUUUAUCACGUAUUAUUUUACAACUAAAAGGGCACUUCUGCCCCCCCUGCCCCCCCUAGCAAAAGGCAAGGGGGGCAGCCGCCCCCCCUGCCCCCCCUUCCCAGUUCCGGCGUCCCUGCAAGAAGCCCAAGGAGCUACACAUGAACCUUGCUGUUGCGAUCUUCGAAAAAAGGCAAUUCAAUGCUAGUGGUUUGCAGCGAAAAUUGUGUACAGAUUGCACUAAACAUCGCCUGUGACCCGAAUAAGUUUACACGACAUAACUAACAAACCGCUCUUAAGGCCCUGUCACACUAUUGCGUAUCGUACUAGCGUAUGCCAGCGUAUGAAAAAUAUCACUCGUACGCCGGUAUACGCUGACAUACGCUAUAGGGGUACGUUAGGCAUAGGUUGUACCGUUGUAUACGUUUCAAGCACGGUCGCAUACGGUAUCAUACGCUGGCAUACGGCGAGGCAGAAAUCUUUUUUUUAAGCAUGCUCAAAAAUUUUGUGCGUAUUCGGACGUAUGGUGUAUAUGAUAAGUAUACUCUAGGCACACGCUGUAUACGCUAGAGGUACGCCAGAUGUACGGUACUCAUACGCCGGCAUUUCAAAGGAUUUUUGUACGUAUGAAAAUUAUUUCAUUAAUUUCAUACGCUUCUCAUACGUUUCUCUCAUACGCACUAGUGUGACAGCUGGGCCUUUAGGAGCAAUGGUGGCACUAAUUAUUACAUUACGCAAUGUAAUGUUUUAUUCUCUAUAGGUCAAAUUCAAGAGAUUUCUCAAUCAAGCAAAAAAUAGAUGUUUAGAGUAUUUUUAUAUUUUAAUAUUGAAAUGAUUGUAUUAACAUUUACUCCAGGAAAAUCCCAGUGCAAGCUAAAGAUAUAAAGCUUAAUGUACAAGUCGGCAACACUGCAGAUCAAGCGUUUGGUGUGUCUUUGACAGUACAUCUUCCAUCUCCCCUAAGUGUACGACUUUGUGGAACAGACGACGUUGGGGUAAUGUGAUAUAGAAUUGUACUCAUAUAUAUAUCUUGAGCGUUGCAUGUCUGCAGAAAUGAGAGAGUCGUGGAGCAACGCUACCUCCAUAAUCUAAAGCAUGGUCUCUUCAUUUUUAUGAUAUGUAUCAUCAUCCGGUCAUACUUAAAUCUAUGAUAUAUAUGAUACAGGUACACUUUUAUGUCUGAUGCAUAUCAUCAAACAGACACAUUGAUAACCUACAUUGAUAACCUGACCCUCCCCCUCCUUAUUCUAACGCUCCCCCCCCCCACCCCAACACACACACACUAACCUUCACCCAACUCCAAAAGUCAUGCGAUGGCAGUGGAACGUGCCACCUUAACUUGCAGUUACUUGUUAAGGUUACAAGAUACGCCUUAGCUAAGUAACCCCUAAAGCAAUAAUAAAAUGCGAACAUCCUUUUUUAGAACAAUCCUCGAUGGUAAAAAUGAUAGUCUGACAGGAUUUAGGGAAACCGGCGUUUGAUGUUAUAACACUUCAUCUCUCUUUCUACAUUAGGCGAAAAUAUAUUUUGGUUUGCAGGGAUUAGUUGUUCAAAAGCUGGUUAGCUUAAUCCUGUGAGCGCGGGUUUCUUGGCCAGGAGAAACGUCCCACCAAGCGGCGGGAUCAUGAACAUGCCCUAAAGUGCGAUACCGAAUACUUUAAGUUUGUAAAUGUUCACAAUGCUAUUUUCUAUUUUGUAGUGUCUAUUUGGUAGCCCUAAAUGUGAAUUUCCCAACAACAAUUCACGAAUAAUGAUUUGUGAUCUUGGAAACUUCGCGAAAACAACUGAAGUUAGUAUUCGUGAACAUAUGACGUAGAGCUUAUGCUGUAAUUUCAUACUAUACUUUUUAGAGUCGCCACUAACCCAUAUGAACUGGUUUUGUGAUAGAUAAUAAUAAUAGUAAUAAUAAUAAUAUUAAUAUUUACUCAAGAAGCUCCACUCACCGAAGUGUUUAUUAUAACAAUAAAACACUAUAAAUAAUAGGUCUAUUAUAACAAUGAAACACAGUGCAACCAAAGAAUAAAUUUUCUAAAGAACAAAUCACAAACACUUUAUUUACGCAAUUCAAUCAUAAAGCAUGUAUCUCUCCUGAACAUAAUAGCAGAUAUAUGGUACAUCAAAGUCGAAAUUUGGCUAAGAAAUCCUGCUCCGAUAAUCUAUCCGCUUCAAUUCGGUUGAGUAGUGAUGAAAUACUAAGGAUUUAUGAUUGUUAGGUAGCUUAUUACAAAUUGAAAGUAUAUCUCGGUUGCAAAGUGGUUGGUGCACCUCAUGGUCUAGGCAGUCUGUCGCAUGUUUGAGAGUCACGUAAUAUUCUAUUUGGGCCUUUUAUCUUUUUCUUUGCCUCAAAUUUAUAGCAUUAAAUAAAAAACUUUGCCAACUAUAUUUUGAAAUAAUUCAUUAGUUCACCUCAUUAAUGUUCAGUACAUGUACGUAUGCAUGUACAAUCUACGCAUGCUCAGUUAAGAUUAGAUGUUAAGUUCUGGCUGCAAUUUCCUAUGGUGAACACAGGUUUAGGUAUCAAUAUAUUGCAAUUAUAUCAUGUAGUCCUUUUGUAGAAGCAAGACGGGACACGUUUAAGCUAGAAGUGAAGUGAAAGUCAGAUUUUGUUGAAUACUUUGUCGUGAAACUUUUGUCCACUGUCUACUUGUUUAGGACUACACCAUAAAGUUGGAUACAAGUGAAGCUUCAAACUCCCUUCAAACCUACCUGGUUACAAUGAAUGUCACAAGGUACAUCGUAGUUGUGGUAGAAUGAAAUUUUGAUAUAUAUUUGUGAGACUAAUUAAUAAUUCAUGAAGAAAACACAAAAGAAAUCAUUACCGUGAACUGGGGAGUUUCUCUAAGAUACAGAAUCAUGCUGAUUUUACACAAACCAAAUAUCAUUCACUUAAUUUAAAUUGUUGAAGAAUACGAAUGUUCUCAUUAAGACGUUCACAACAUUUCCGUUCGUGUUAUAUCGGAUAUACAAACAUCCGAUACAACACGGCCGCUCGUGUUGAAAAUAGUAUUUAAUUCACUUGUAUAAAAAUGUCAUCGAACUUAAUUGAUUUUCUUUCUUAGUAAAAACAAAGAGGACGCAUCGCUACAGGGUGAUAACUCUCUUUCUUUGGAACUUAAUGUUGCUUCAGAAGCUAAUAUUGAAAUGAGGUAAGGGGUGACUGUACUUGUUUAUUAUGACAACUAACUGAAAAAUACAAGCAGAACUUCGACGUUUCUAACCCUGUUAGUAUUGUAGGGUGCUGUUUGUAUUGUAGGGUGCUGCUUGUAUUGCAGGGUGCUGCUUGUAUUGCAGGGUGCUGCUUGUAUUGUAGGGUGCUGCUUGUAUUGCAGGGUGCUGCUUGUAUUGUAGGAUGCUGCUUGUAUUGCGGGGUGCCGCUUGUAUUGUGGGGUGCUGCUUGUAUUGUGGGGUGCUGCUUGUAUUGUAGGGUGCUGCUUGUAUUGUAGGGUGCUGCUUGUAUUGUAGGGUUCUGCUUGUAUUGUAGGGUUCUGCUUGUAUUGUAGGGUGCUGCUUGUAUUGUAGGGUGCUGCUUGUAUUGCAGGGUGCUGCUUGUAUUGUAGGGUGCUGCUUGUAUUGCAGGGUGCUGCUUGUAUUGUAGGAUGCUGCUUGUAUUAUAGGAUGCUGCUUGUAUUGUAGGGUGCUGCUUGUAUUGUAGGGUGCUGCUUGUAUUGUAAGGUGCUGCUUGUAUUGUAGGGUGCUGCUUGUAUUGUAGGGUGCUGCUUGUAUUGUAGGGUGCUGCUUGUAUUGUAGGGUGCUGCUUGUAUUGUAGGGUGCUGCUUGUAUUGUAGGGUUCUGCUUGUAUUGUAGGGUGCUGCUUGUAUUGUAUUGUAUUGUAGGGUGCUGUUAGUAUUGCAGGGUGCUGCUUGUAUUGUAGGGUGCUGCUUGUACUGCAGGGUGCUGCUUGUAUUGUAGGGUGCUGCUUGUAUUACAGGGUGCUGCUUGUAUUGUAGGGUGCUGCUUGUAUUGUAAAGUGCUGCUUGUAUUGUAAGGUUCUGUUUGUAUUGUAAGGUGCUGGUUGUAUUGUAGGGUGCUGGUUGUAUUGUAGGGUGCUGGUUGUAUUGUAGGGUGCUGGUUGUAUUGUAGGGUGCUGCUUGUAUUGUAGGGUGCUGCUUGUAUUGUAGGGUGCUGCUUGUAUUGUAGGGUUCUGCUUGUAUUGUAGGGUGCUGCUUGUAUUGUAUUGUAGGGUGCUGUUAGUAUUGCAGGGUGCUGCUUGUAUUGUAGGGUGCUGCUUGUACUGCAGGGUGCUGCUUGUAUUGUAGGGUGCUGCUUGUAUUACAGGGUGCUGCUUGUAUUGUAGGGUGCUGCUUGUAUUGUAGGGUGCUGCUUGUAUUGUAGGGUGCUGCUUGUAUUGUAGGGUUCUGCUUGUAUUGUAGGGUGCUGCUUGUAUUGUAUUGUAUUGUAGGGUGCUGUUAGUAUUGCAGGGUGCUGCUUGUAUUGUAGGGUGCUGCUUGUACUGCAGGGUGCUGCUUGUAUUGUAGGGUGCUGCUUGUAUUACAGGGUGCUGCUUGUAUUGUAGGGUGCUGCUUGUAUUGUAAAGUGCUGCUUGUAUUGUAAGGUUCUGUUUGUAUUGUAAGGUGCUGCUUGUAUUGUAGGGUGCUGCUUGUAUUGUAGGGUGCUGCUUGUAUUGUAGGGUGCUGGUUGUAUUGUAGGGUGCUGCUUGUAUUGUAGGGUGCUGCUUGUAUUGCAGGGUGCUGCUUGUAUUGUAGGGUACUGCUUAUAUUGUAGAGUGCUACUGCUUAUCAAUGUCAAUAUAUUGUUCAAUUACCAAUUAUAUUUCCCAUUUUAACAUAGAUUAUCAUGUAGAUUAUCAGGGCUCGAAAUAGUGGGCUGCCAGUGACCAAAAGCAGGCCAUAUUUUAGAAAUGGCAGGCAAAAGCAAAUUUGAACUGCCAAGUAAAAAAAAAUGGCAGGUGAAAUUCUAUAGAUAUAUUUCAUUUCAUUUGCUUACCACAACUCAUAUAUACUAGAUCAUUUAGUUGACUAAAUACGUGUAUAUAGUUGAAAUGUAAAUGAAAGUUUAGUGUAGUAAGAUAGACAAAAAUGCAUACAUGAAAACAUUGAUUUUUACAAUAUCACUCAUAUGAGACAUCGCCAUUUUGGCAGUUCAAUGAAUAAAAAUGGCAUGCUAAGAAUUUAUUUCACCUGCCAAAAAAUUUUAGACUGGCGGGUCAUAUACCUCCUCUACUCCGAGCCCUGUCGAUUAUAUUUAUGUAUCGUAGCAAUUCAAACGUUAUGUUUGAUUUUUCUUCUAAGAUCAGUAUCGAAGCCAGAAGGACGGCUUUAUGGUGGGAGUGUUCGUGGUCAAUAUUCUAUGACAAAAGAAGAUCAAAUUGGUUUGAUAGUUGAUCAUACAUAUACUGUAAGUAUAAACGUUUAUUGUGUAGUGAGAUACUGAAGAAUACACAGUGAGAAAUUUUCCAUAUCUCAAGAUAUCGAUCACGUGACUUUUUUCAAUUUGCUUUUGAGCGUGAAAUUU